AUGAGUUUGUUAGUAGCAAUACUUCUGCAAGUAAUACCACUGUAUGUUGCAACGUUACCUACCAAUAAUAAAACCGAGCACGCGAUCGUAGUUGAUUCAUUAGAUAUAGCACCAGUAUGGGCUGGGCAUCCAGUUAGUUUUGUCUUAUUAACGAAAUUACCGUAUCAGUUUAUAGCAUAUUAUGAUGAAAUACGCCAAAUGACUAUUGCACAGCGUAAUAUAAGCGAUCGUAUAUGGACAAUUAAUAAGCUACCAGUAAUCACGAAUUGGGACAGUCACAAUUAUAUUGCAAUGGCAAUUGAUGACGAUGGUUACAUGCAUUUAAGCGGAAAUAUGCAUGUAGUACCACUGAAAUAUUUUCGUACUGCUCAACCACUUAAUGCUUCUACGUUCGUCGAAAUAGAUCGAAUGGUUGGUACAGAUGAAAAUAGUACUACUUAUCCGAUAUUUUUGCGCGGGCCAGAAAAUGAAUUUAUCUUUACGUAUCGAUCGGGUAUGAGUGGAAAUGGUAAUCAGAUUUAUAAUAUUUACGAUUUAAAAACGAAAACAUGGGCACGUUUACUUGAUAAGCCUUUCACUGACGGUGAAGGUAAACGCAAUGCAUAUUUCGAUGGACCAAUCAAAGGUCCGGAUGGAUACUUUCAUUUAGCUUGGGUGUGGCGUGAAUCACCAGAUGCCUCUACUAAUCAUGAUCUUAGCUAUGCGCGUAGUAGAGAUUUAGUAUCUUGGGAGACUGGUGCUGGUAAGCCACUCAUAUUGCCAAUAACAUUGGAAACUUGUGAGAUCGUUGAUCCUGUACCGCAAAAAGGUGGAAUUAUUAAUGGCAACACAAAAGUUGGCUUUGACGAACAAGAACGUGUAACAAUCAGUUAUCAUAAAAAUGAUGCAAAUAAUUACACACAGCCAUGGACAGCGCGUCUCGAAAAUGGCACAUGGAAAAAAUAUCAGAUUACAAAUUGGCCAUGGCACUGGGAUUUUAGUGGCGGUGGUACACUCAAUUUUGCUAUUAGACUCGGCUCAGUAACUAAGGAAAAUGAUGGAAAUCUCACACAAGCAUUCAGUCAUAUUAAAUUCGGCAGUGGUACAUGGUCCAUUGAUUCGAAGAAUUUGAGUGCUACUGGUAAACUUCAACGAGAAACCAUACCACCAUCGCUACUCAAAGUAGAGGGUAGUUUUCCUGGAUUGGAAGUUCGUUUACUCGAAGAUGCCGGUCGAAACGAUGUUAUCGAUACUCGUUAUGUACUGCGUUGGGAAACAUUAGCUAGUAACCGUGAUCAACCUCGUCCAAAACCAUAUCCUCCACCUUCGAUGUUACGUGUGUAUACUAUAAAAAUUAUAUGGGAAAAUGCAUAUGCUAAACCUUAA